AUGCUUUCAGUGUUUCCGGCUAUUCGACGCUUAUUUACGAGUCGCUUUAUUCAGCAAACCUUUGUAGUAAAUUUAUCUUCGCAAGCAAAAUAUUCAUUAAGUUACACCUGUAAGGUGUGUGGAACUCGACAAGGUCCAAAAAUCUUCUCAAAAAAAGCUUAUAAAGAGGGUAUUGUUAUUGUAACUUGUGAAAGUUGCAAAAGGCAUCACUUAAUUGCUGAUAAUUUGGGAUGGUUUCCACAGUCUGGUGGUCUCAGUAAUAUCGAAGAGAUACUAAAAGAUAAAGGAGAAGAAAUUAAAAAAGGCAUCGAUCUUAUCGAUAUUACCAAAAAGCGAAUGGCUCAACUUUAUGCAUCACAUAUUCCCACUACUUUAUUUCAGAAGGGAUUACUUGCCUUUGGUUCGGCAGUAACAGCACUUUAUAAUCCUUUAAGAGCAGACAUGGUGGCAGCUAUGGGUGAAACAACAGCUUUUCGACCAAUACUAGAAAAUAUUCGGCAAAGAAUGGAAAAUGAUGUAUGUGGAAGGAAAAUUUUGAGAGACCGUCCACAAAUUACCACUAAAACGGUCGAUUUAUCUUACUGUCAAAAGCUUCCUCGUGGAACACUUGGCAAAGAAUAUAGUUUAUUUCUUGAAGGAUUAAAUACAACACCAGAUGAACGCCCAACUGUUAAGAGAUAUCGCGAAGUGCACGAUUUUGUGCAUGUGAUUUUGCAGAUGAAAGUAAGCUUACUUGGAGAGAUUACAGUCAAGUACUUCGAGGGUAUCCAACUUGGUUUACCUGUUUGUUUGUUUGGUGGCGUGUUUGGUAGUCUUAUAAUUCCUCCAAAAGAUCGUCUCUUUUUUGUGAAAGAAUACUUACCGUGGUGCAUUGAGCAGGCAGUAAAUUCACGGUUGCUUAUUGCAUUUGAUUGGGAAAAUCACUUCGAAGUGCCUGUGUUGGAGCUGCAGAAAACUUUGUCAAUCACUCCACUAAUUGCUCGCUAG